AUGUCUAUCGACCUAAACUGGGAAGCUCUCACAGGCGGGCCAGACGGCGAGGCCCUCGCACACAGCAUCCGCGACUUCAUCCAUACCAAGUUCCAGUCCGUUCCCCUACCGCGCUUCAUCAAGUCCGUGACGGUGCACGACUUUGAGUUCGGCACCACGCCGCCCGAGCUGGAGCUCAAGGACAUCACGGACCCGCUGCCGGAUUUCUACGAGGAGAACUCUGCCGCGGACGACGAAGACUCGGAAGAGGAUGAUGAGGAUGAUGAGGGACGACCGCCGCCGCCGACAAUGAUGGCGCCAGGCGCAAGACUCUCGGCUAUACCACCACACAUCACAACAAGUUUUCCAGGCGGACACAUGAGAGGCAUGUCCUCUGUGCCGCAGGACCUAGGAAGCCCGUUUCUCGGCACAUCGACGCCUGGUAUACUGGGCGGUGCGUCAAACCUCAGCUACUUCCACUCUCACCUCGCGGGCGGCCUGUCGGGGACGCAGACGCCCCUCGCCGCCGUCGCUGGGGCACAGCUUGGGAACAACGGGAACAACCACCACCACUAUCACCACUAUCUUCACCAACAGCAGCAGCAGCAGCAAUCCUGGCAACAGCACGUGCCAGCAGAUACAGCGGGCGGGAGCUACAGCCCCCUCUCUGUGUCCACAGCCGCCUUCCCGGACCAGGCAGCCAGGAACGCCUCGGUCGACGGCCGCGCGCCCAGCCACAGCCGGAACCCGAGCCAAAGCUCCAUCUCAGUGGCCGACUUCAACCACGGCAGUGGCGCGAUGGCGGGUCUGACCCCCAUGCACUCCCUCUCCCAUCCGGCGCUGCGCGAAAAAUCCAGCGUCUCUACCUUUGCACCGACGUCCUCGGCGGGGACAUCUCGGCCCCCGACGAGGGACAACGCCAACAACAAUACCAACACCUCGUCGUCACCAGCAGCGCUCGCUGGCGGCAGCGCAAUCGCCGAAGACGAAGACGACAAUGGCCAGAAUCAGCACCGCGAGAAACCAAGAUUCCGCGAGGCCAGGACCGAGGACAUCCAGGCUGUAUUUCGGAUCAACUACUCGGGCGAUGUGCGGCUCCUGCUGACGGCGGACAUCCUCCUCGACUACCCCAUGCCGAGCUUCGUGGGCAUCCCGCUGCGUCUGAGCAUCACGGGCCUGUCGUUUGACGGGGUCGGCGUCGUCGCGCACAUACGCAAGAGGGUGCACUUUUGCUUCCUGAGCCCGGAGGACGCGCUGGCUGCCGUGGGCGCGGACGAGAAUGGGAACGCGCAGGCUGGCGACGAUGCCACUACUACUACUCCUACCACCACUGGUGGGCCUGGUGCUGCGUCGUCGUCGGGCGGCGGCGGAGGCGGGCGGAACGGGCAUGGCAAGAUGGGCGGGUUGUUGCAGGAGAUCCGGGUGGAGAGCGAGAUUGGGCAGAGGGAAGGAGGUAAGCAGAGCCUCAAGAAUGUGGGCAAGGUGGAGAGGUUUGUUUUGGAGCAGGUGAGGAGGAUUUUUGAGGAGGAAUUUGUUUACCCAAGCUUCUGGACAUUCCUCGUCUAG